AUGAGCCUGAGUCGCAGCAAGAGGAUCAGCUCCAGCACCUGCGUCCGCAGGCUGAGCGGCUUCGGGAUGCCGCCGCCAGCCGGCUUGAGCAGUGUCUCCCUCAGCAGCAGCUCGCUGUACGCGGGCGCCAAUGGCCACCUGCACGGCCCCGGGUCCCCGCUGGCCUCACUGUCGGUCAACAAGAGCUUGCUGGCCCCCCUCAACCUGGAGAUCGACCCCAGCCUGUCCAUGAGCCGGGCCCAUGAGAAGGAGCAGAUCAAGACUCUCAACAAUCGCUUUGCAUCCUUCAUUGACAAGGUCCGCUUCCUAGAGCAGCAGAAUAAAAUGCUGGAGACCAAGCUGGAGCUGCUUCAGGGUCAGGGGGUGGGUCGCUCCAACGUGGAGCCCCUGUUCGAUGCCUACAUGGCCGGCCUGAGGCGCCAGAUGGACCUGGUCAACAACGACAAGUCCAAACUGGACGGAGAGCUGAGGAACAUGCAGGGUCUGGUGGAGGACUACAAGCACAAAUACGAGGAUGAGAUCAACAGGAGAAACAACCUGGAGAAUGACUUUGUCCUCCUGAAGAAGGACGUGGACUCUGCCUACCUGGUGAAGGCUGACCUGGAAGACAAAGUGGGUGCUCUGACUGAUGAGAUCAACUUCCUGCGUAACAUCUACGAGGAGGAGCUGCGUGAGCUGCAAGCCAGCAUCCGAGACACCUCGGUGGUGGUGCAGAUGGACAACAGCCGCAGCCUCAACAUGGAGCACAUCGUGGCCGAGGUCAAAGCUCAGUACGAGGACAUCGCCACUCGCAGUCGAGAGGAGGCUGAGGCCUGGUACAAGAACAAGUUUGCACAGAUGUCAGUGCAAGCCAGCCAGUACGGAGACGAACUACGUGCGGUGAAGGGAGAAGUGGGCGAGGUCAACCGACUCAUCGCUCGCCUGCAGAGCGAGAUGGAGGCGCUCAAAGCUCAGCGCGGCGGCCUGGAGAACCAGCUGAGCGAGGCGGAGGAGCGUGGCGAAAUGGCUGUGAAGGAGGCCAAAGCCCGCACCCGAGACCUGGAGGACGCCCUGCAGCGGGCCAAGCAGGACAUGGCCCGGCAGCUGAGGGAGUACCAGGACCUGAUGAACCUCAAACUGGCUCUGGACAUCGAGAUCGCCACCUACAGGAAGCUGCUGGAAGGCGAGGAGGACAGACUAGGACAGCAGUCCAUUCUCAACAUCCAGGCCGUCUCCAGCUCCAGCAGCAGAAGUUCCAACAGCUACCACCAGGUCAGCUCUCCCACUCCCAAGCUGCUCAUCAAGACCACCGAGACCCGAGACCAGAGCAGAUACAACACACACUAAUCCGUGUGUGUGUGUGUGUGUGUGUGUGUGUGUGUGUGUGUGUGUGUGUGUGUGUGUGUGUGUUGUCAUGCACCAAACACCUGUGUGUGUGUGUAUGUGUGUGUGUGUGUGUUGUGAUGUUUAAUAGAAUAGUAAAUUGGGUGUCAAACAAGAACAACCUUUAUUUACUUUUCCCACCUCGUGUUUACUCUUUCUAAUGAAUUUCCUUUAUUGCGCAAUUAGGAAGAAAAAAACUCAUCAUUUAAUCAUUUUAAUGGAACAGUCGAGAUUAGCCAAAGAACAUUUUAAACAAAAAUCAUAUAAUGAUAAUAAUACAGAAAAAUUGAGGAAAAUAGACCAAAAAAAAGUGUUAUUAAAAAAAAAAAAACAGACAAGUGCAAAUGUAACCAAUAUUUUGGCAUGAUAUAUUUGUGAUGUUAGAUUUUUUUUAUUUUAAUCGCCUUAACCUAAAAUCCACUAUAUAUCUACCAUUGAUCAA